AGUUUGCUCCGGGUGGAGCCGGUAGAAGAGGUACAAUUGGGAACCGAUUGAGGAGGAGGAUGUGGAGGCCGGGAGUGUAGCUUACCCCAUGGUCCUUGUCCAAAUUCCAAUGUACAAUGAGAAAGAGGUGUAUAAGCUUUCCAUCGGAGCAACCUGCAAGCUAUCAUGGCCAUCAAAUCGCCUGAUAAUACAAGUGCUUGAUGACUCGACUGAUCUGACGGUUAAGGGUUUGGUAGAAGUUGAAUGCAAGAAGUGGGCAAGUGAAGGCAUGAAUAUAUUCUACGAGGUUAGAAACAACAGGAAGGGAUACAAAGCAGGUGCCUUGAAAGAAGGCAUGCGGUAUAGCUACGUUCAACAAUGUGAAUUUGUUGCUAUAUUUGAUGCUGAUUUCCAACCAGCAUCUGACUUUCUUAUGAGAACUAUCCCUUUCCUUGUGCAUAACCCAAAGGUCUCUCUUGUUCAAGCACGUUGGGAAUUCGUGAACUCCAGUGAGUGCCUGAUGACAAGGAUACAGAAGAUGACCCUUGAUUACCACUUCAAAGUUGAGCAGGAAGCAGGUUCAUGGACACAUGCCUUCUUCGGAUUUAAUGGAACUGCUGGCGUCUGGAGAAUAUCAGCUCUUGAUGAAGCUGGAGGUUGGAACGACAGGACCACUGUAGAGGACAUGGACUUAGCUGUUCGGGCAGGUCUCCAUGGAUGGAAGUUUGUGUACCUUGGCGAUCUUACGGUGAAAAGUGAGCUGCCAAGUGAUUUCAAGGCAUACAGGAAUCAACAACAUCGCUGGACCAGUGGGGCUGCAAACUUGUUUAGAAAAACGGCAAAGGAGAUUAUGACUACAAAGGAAGUAUCUCUAUGGAAGAAGCUUUAUGUGCUGUACAGCUUCUUUUUCGUGCGGAAGAUCAUAUCUCAUAUCGUCACCUUUUCUUUGUACUGUGUCAUAAUUCCGGCAUCAGUCAUUAUUCCAGAAGUUAGCAUUCCUGUAUGGGGAGUCGUUCAUAUUCCUACAACUAUUACGCUUCUGAAUGCAAUCAGAAACCCUAGCUCUAUACAUCUAAUUCCGUUUUGGAUUCUGUUUGAGAAUGUGAUGGCGAUGCACCGAAUUAGAGCAACCCUGAUUGGGCUAACAGGAGCAGGGAGUGUAAAUGAGUGGGUGGUGACGGAGAAGCUUGGAGGUGUUCCGAAAGCUACCCUUACAACUCCUUUGCUGCAAAAAUCUAAACCGCGCUCGUACAGGGACAGGAUUAAUCUGCCGGAACUUGGAUUUGCAUUCUUUCUCUUCUUCUGCGCCUGCUAUGAUGUUACAUUUGGGAGAGAUUACUACCACAUAUACAUAUUCUUCCAAUCUUUUGCGUUUUUUGUUGUGGGCUUGGGUUACGUCGGCACCUUCAUCUCCAGUUCCUAGCGAUGCUUGGUAGUUUUUGCAUCUUCAUCUCUAGGACGGCAUACAAUUGUUCUGCUUUGCGUGAAAUCUUUAGUGGUACAUACGAGGAGAAAACAAUUCAUUCAGACGGCGGCGCGUGCUCAUUUUAUAAUUAUAAUGCUACCGAGAGAUUCGCUAGCUUCCCCAAAGUAGCAUAGCUUCCGGAAAGUCGAAAAGGGCCAGGUUUUUGGAGCCCUCCUCUAUAGAGAGGAUCUAAGAACCAUUCUUUUGCUGUUUACAGGGGGCGCAUAAAUUGGCGAUGAUUAUUUUUAUUUUUAUUUUUUUUUGUUAAUUCUUGUUAGACAUACUGGUUCUAUGUGAUUUGUAUUAAGUUUCCUACAUCUUGGAAUCAUGGUCGUGGUCUUUUUACAUGCGGGCAUCUGAUGGGAAAGGCUUGCGUUCGUCUA